AGGCGUGCCCUGCCCUGGGAAGGAGCCGCAACGGGGACCUGAAGAGCGAGGGAGGGACAGGGGCAGAGAGGGCGAGCUGGAGGAGGACUCUGCGAGUGAUGUCAGGUCGACUCCUCAGGUUCAUUCCCAUAGCUCCCCGCAGCCUCUGCCUGGGGAGUUGGGUUUGGUUUCGGAGAUCAGCGCUACCCAAUUGCAGCGGGUCUGAUUCUGGGGCUGGGAAUUUGCCAUUCUGCUGUACAGACACAGAUUUUUUUUUUUAAGAAAGCAAGAUUUUAGGUGAUGGGCAGAUCAGAAAGUCAGAUGGAUAUAACUGAUAUCAACACUCCAAAGCCAAAGAAGAAACAGCGAUGGACCCCGCUGGAGAUCAGUCUCUCAGUCCUUGUUCUGCUCCUCACUGUCAUAGCUGUGACGAUGAUAGCACUCUAUGCAACCUAUGAUGACGGUAUUUGCAAGUCAUCAGACUGCAUAAAGUCAGCUGCUCGACUGAUCCAGAACAUGGAUGCCACCGCUGAACCUUGUACAGACUUUUUCAAAUACGCCUGCGGAGGCUGGUUGAAACGCAACGUCAUUCCUGAGACCAGCUCCCGUUACAGUAACUUUGACAUUUUAAGAGAUGAACUAGAAGUCAUUUUGAAAGAUGUCCUUCAAGAACCCAAAACUGAAGAUAUAGUAGCAGUGCAGAAAGCAAAAACAUUGUACAGGUCUUGUGUAAAUGAAUCUGCGAUUGAUAGUAGAGGCGGAACACCUCUACUCAAACUGUUACCAGAUAUAUAUGGGUGGCCAGUAGCGACAGAAAACUGGGAGCAAACAUAUGGUCCUUCUUGGACAGCGGAGAAAUCUAUUGCACAACUGAAUUCUAAAUACGGGAAAAAAGUCCUUGUUAAUUUUUUUGUUGGCACUGAUGAUAAGAACUCUAUGAACCAUAUAAUUCAUUUUGACCAACCUCGACUUGGCCUCCCUUCCAGAGACUACUAUGAAUGCACUGGAAUAUAUACAGAGGCUUGUACAGCAUAUGUGAAUUUUAUGGUUGCUGUGGCCAUAUUGAUUCGUCAAGAAGAAAAAUUGCCAAUCAAUGAAAGCCUGAUAACGAUGGAAAUGAAUAAAGUUAUGGAAUUGGAAAAAGAAAUUGCCAAUGCUACAACUAAAUCCGAAGAUCGAAAUGAUCCAAUGCUUCUUUAUAACAAAAUGACGUUGGCCCAGGUCCAAAAUAACUUUUCACUGGAGAUCAAUGGGAAGCCAUUCAGCUGGUCAAAUUUCACAAAUGAAAUUAUGUCAACUGUGAAUAUUAAUAUUCCAAAUGAGGAAGAUGUGGUUGUUUAUGCUCCAGAAUAUUUAACCAAACUUAAGCCUAUACUUACCAAAUAUUCUGCCAGAGAUCUUCAAAAUUUAAUGUCCUGGCGGUUCAUAAUGGAUCUUGUAAGCAGCCUCAGCCGAAACUACAAGGAGUCCAGAAAUGCUUUCCGCAAGGCCCUUUAUGGCACAACUUCAGAAACGGCAGCUUGGAGACGUUGUGCGAACUACGUCAAUGGGAAUAUGGAAAAUGCCGUGGGAAGGCUUUAUGUGGAGGCGGCGUUUGCUGGAGAGAGUAAACAUGUGGUUGAGGAUUUGAUUGCCCAGAUCCGGGAAGUUUUUAUUCAGACUUUAGAUGACCUCACUUGGAUGGAUGCAGAAACGAAGAAGAGAGCUGAAGAAAAGGCCUUAGCAAUUAAAGAAAGGAUCGGCUAUCCUGAUGACAUUAUUUCGAAUGAUAACAAACUGAAUAAUGAGUACCAGGAGUUGAACUACAAAGAAGAUGAAUACUUUGAGAACAUAAUCCAAAAUUUGAAAUUCGGCCAAAGUAAACAACUAAAGAAGCUCCGAGAAAAGGUGGACAAGGAUGAGUGGAUAAGUGGAGCAGCUGUAGUCAAUGCAUUUUAUUCUUCAGGCAGAAAUCAGAUAGUCUUCCCAGCUGGCAUUCUGCAGCCCCCCUUCUUCAGUGCCCAGCAGUCCAACUCAUUGAACUAUGGGGGCAUUGGCAUGGUCAUAGGACACGAAAUCACCCAUGGCUUCGAUGACAAUGGCAGAAAUUUUAACAAGGAUGGAGACCUCGUCGACUGGUGGACUCAACAGUCUGCAAAUAAUUUUAAAGACCAAUCCCAAUGCAUGAUAUACCAGUAUGGAAACUUUUCCUGGGACCUGGCAGGUGGACAGCACCUCAAUGGAAUUAAUACACUGGGAGAAAACAUUGCUGAUAAUGGAGGCCUUGGCCAAGCAUACAGAGCAUAUCAGAAUUAUGUUAAAAAGCACGGUGAAGAAAAAUUACUUCCUGGACUUGACCUAAAUCACAAACAACUGUUCUUCUUGAACUUUGCCCAGGUGUGGUGUGGAACCUACAGGCCAGAGUAUGCAAUCAACUCCAUUAAAACAGAUGUGCACAGUCCAGGCAAUUUCAGGAUUAUUGGGACUUUGCAAAACUCCGCUGAGUUUUCAGAAGCCUUUCACUGCCGCAAGAACUCAUACAUGAAUCCAGAAAAGAAAUGCCGGGUCUGGUGAUCUUUGGAAGAAGCAGUGCAGCCCUUGGCUAGACUUGCCAACACCACAGAAAUGGGGAACUCUCUAACAGAGAGAAAAUGGGCCCUGGGAGUCAGGAAGUGACUUGGGGUAAUUAACAGAGAUGAGAGCAUAAUAAUACAAAUGAAGUUAGAUUAUUCUAGAAAGGCUGUGGAGGGAGGAAGGAGAGAGAUCUAAGGUCUAUUAAUCACUUCUCACUGUGUAAAUAAUGGUUAAUUCUAAAGAUAAUAUUACUAUUCAUUUCUGUUUCCUUUAUGGUCUGCCAGUUUGAUGUUGUCCCUAGAAAACAAUGUUAACCGCUUGAGGUUAACAAUAGGAUUAGUGAAAAUUAGUGAAAUCCACUGGGAUUUCUAAUCCAAAGUAGAAAGAAGAUGUUGAAGAAUAUGGUUGAGCACCUGAAGCACAGUGGUGAAGUUAGUUUAAAACACAUUGCCUAAGUACUUAUUUUUACUUUUAUUUGCAGCAUUUAUACUCCUUCAAAACCCUUCCAAAGAAUUCUUAUACACAUUGGGGCCUUGGGGCUUAUAUAGUUUUAAACUCAGUUUGCCAUGCAUCAGUUAUUCAUUCUGUGAUUAUUUUAUUUUAAUUACUCUUAGGGCAAAAAUGAAGGUCUAAAGUUGUUUUUUGUUGUCCCUGCCUUCACUAAUAUUGAGAUUCUUGAGGCCCCCUAUAAUUUUCUAAGCAAUUUCUUGCUCUAUCUCAAAACUUGGUCUUUUUAAAAGAUUUAUAGUAAUGUAUAAAUAAUAAUUUUAUAUUUAAUUAUUAACUACAUUUAUGACUAAGUAACUACUAUAGGUAGUCAUUAAAUAUUGAGGUUUCAGACCAAGAUAAACAGUUAUGAACCAAGAUCUGUAAAGUGGUAUACAGAUGAAAAUUUGAGACUUUUUAAACUUACAAAUCAUAUUGAUGAAAAGCUUUAAGCACAAACUUUGGGGUAGGACAGUUGUCUAGAGAUCUGUAAUACUUGUGGUUUAUAAGCAGGACUUACAAAAUUAAGUCUGUCCUUGAGGGUGGCUCUCAUAAAAGGGAAAAACCGCAUCUAUGUAGCUCUGUGUCUCCUAUCCUUUCAGGUUUGUCAUCUGCUGGAAAUAUUUUGAUAAUAAAUUGAAAUUGUGAGCCCAUUACUCACUAA